AACCAAAAAAGGAAGGCAAGAGUCUACCAAUAACCUCAGGAGCUUAUUAGCCGAAACCACCGGAUUCCACGGUUAUUCUGGAAAUGAGCAGGAAGAAGUCCUCCUCUCGCCGCGGUAGUAGCUCGUCAUCCCGCCGCAGCGGUGCUGCCUCCGCCCGGGGGGGUAAAAGCGCCGGUGGUCGGAAUGAGAAUAAUGAUUCUGCUCGGAAUAGCAGAGCCAGCCCUGGGCCGUCUUCCAAAGCUCCUUACGUCCCCGCCGUGUCCCCGCUUUCACACACAUCUGAGGGGCCCGACCUAUCCGCGGUGUCUGAUCCUUCUAUGGUGGUCCUGCUGAAGCUUCUGUCGAAGAAGGACGAAACUACGAAGUCAAAAGCCUUGGAGGAUCUACAAGUGAAAAUCACGGGCUUGGAGGACGUGGAGGAUAUAGUACUCGCGGCAUGGGUGCGCAAUGCCCACUUUCCACCUUACUGAGUCGGAGCAAGUUUGGGUGGGAAUUGCUGACUUGUUCCUGUCGCUCACCGCUUUCGCUUCGUGUUGGUUUCUUCCUAGAUUCGAUUAUAUCCCCGAUUAUCAACGGAUAUCUCGGUAGGCGUACGUCGGUUCGCCCACAUCGUCCACGGGAUUAUUUCACAGAAGAGUGGGAAGAAGGUUGCUAGACACAUGUCGGAGAUUGUGGGGCCCUGGCUGGCUGGGCUCUACGAUAGCGACCGGGGUUCUGCGAGGGCGGCAGGGGAGUCAUUGAACGCGGUAUUCAGUACGCAGGAGAAGAUACGGAAUGUCUGGGCGGCUUGCCAACCAGACAUUUUGGAUUAUUGCUCUAGUGUUAUUGAGAAUGAGACUGUGAAGUCACUGAGUGAUGAGAGGCAGUUUUCUUCCGACGAGGCGGAAUCUAAGUUUGCGAGAGUUAUAGCUACUUGUGUUCAUACAGUUGCGCACCUCAUCAGUUCGUUUUCUCCUGAUCUCGUUGUUACGAGUGAUUUAAUGUGACGAAACGUAGCUUUCUGACCGAUUGUGCAAUUGUAGGUCAGUUGCCCUCGGAAGAGAUCGAAAAGCAGUCUGAGAAAUAUGAGGGACUUUUUGGGAAGUCUCACCUCUGGGAGUUUGGGAGUUAUGAUGAUCCGUAUCUUCGGAGGUCCAUCUAUAAGCUAGUUAGAACGUGUUUAAUAAGCCAAGAGGGUAUUUAUUUAUUUAUUUCAUCCCAGGGGGCUUAGCCUAGCUAUCGCUGACGGGUUGAUAGGCUUCAUUUUGUUAAAUUUGGAGGUGGUAGCCAACACCCUGAUGGUAAAGGCGCUAUUGUCGCCUCAGACUGGUUCUGUCGGAGAGCUAUUAGAUGCGAUCCUAGACCUGACUUCGCACACAUACAAAGCAUGGAUAUCGGUGACACCCCCUCGGCAAAAAACACCACUUUCUCUUGUAAUAGAGUUCAUAAAACGUGGGAGCCAGGGCGGGUCACCAGAAUAUUGGCAUAGGGUUUCGAAAAUGAUCACGUUGAUGCCUCGGGAAAUUCUCCCGAAGGACGUCGGGGGGGUCACUGAGCUAAUAGAAAGUAUUCUGGACGGGCUUUGGGGCGGGCCUGAACCGAGAUCGCAUGUAACUGCUGCCUGGAGUGCCUACUUCCGGGUUUGCUAUCAUAUGAUGGCGACAGGGGAAGUCGAUACCCAGGAUGAGGUCACUGCCUAUCUCCUGAGAGACGCACUCUAUCCUGUCUUUGAAGGGUUCUUGCUGAGAAAUGCCGAGAAUGCACGUUACAAAUUGCCGUAUUUUGGAGCUGAAAUAUGUGCUGCUGGGAUUGCUAUGGCAGGGGAAAUGGCGGAUGCUCAGAUUGCUAACCUUGUUGCGAUGGAAGUUUGGGAGAAGGUGGGGGGAUCCAUAAUGGAGAACAUUAAUCCUGAUGCCGUUCAGGGAGCCGACUCUCCAGGUGAUCGCGCAAGUCGCUGGCGCAAAUGGGUUGAUUUCUCAGCAGAGAUACUUAAGAGAGAUAGCAAUUACGUGGUUGAUCAUGUGAAACAGAGCAUUGUUAAGACAUUACAAUUGAGCCUGGAUCGCGUUAUCAGGGAAAAAGGUGGAUAUUUUAGAUUUAUGUGUGCGCUGAAUAGAGAGCAAGCUAACGAGAAGACUAGGAGAAAAUGUCGAAAUUACUUCACUAUUAGAGUCUUUACUCGUGCAAUGUCCGGGGGUUCUAAAGAUUGAGGAAGUGAAAAAGGUUUAUUCCGAGCUAAUUCCGAGAGGAUGUAAUAAGCACUGAUGGGUCUUAGUCUGUCGCAUUAUUUUUCGCGGAUCAUGCCUCGGAGCUUAUGUCGUCACCUUCAUGGAAGCAUGUACUGUCUGGGCUUAUAGCUUGCGCUAGAAAAGCCGCUGGCGAAGAAUCGUUUCGGGGAGCCUGGGACAAGAACAUUAGGGCAUUAUUGGUUCCAUCCUUAGGGAAGGGGAGAAGGGAGGCUGCAGUAAUUCAACUUCUGAGAUCGACUCCUACAAUGCUCCAAGGGAAACUACCAUUUGUCCAAGAAUUGGACACUUAUGUGGUGAGCAAGGUGCGGGAGAGCGUUAGCACGGACAACACUGUAGGCUGGGAAAUGAUGAGGGCAGCUAUGACUUCUCCAGGUACGGGGCGCCGGGAGGCAUGCAUCGACACGUUUGCUCACAACUGGCGUAGGAACAGUUAUUUCCGAGGCAGCUGUCACGACAAUGUUUAUAGAACUGUCAAGCAAUUUCUCUUCUGAAGAAGAGGAUCGCACUGUGAGGGUUCUCGAGCAGCUCAGAUUAGUAUCGAAGGAAGCCUUGGCGGAGUUUUCCCGCUCGGAGAGCGGUGUUGAAUUCUUAUCCACGCUGCUCGUCCUGACAGGAUCUCCUUCGGAUGAGAUUGCAAACGCCGCGGGAAGACUAAAUAAGAUUCUUGAGAAGGAGCUGUCCAAUAGCUCGGGGGCUCUUGUUAGUUCUUUGUUGGAUGCCCUGUUGGAAAGUGUUCUUGAACCGAAAGACUCUGAUCCUGGGUAUGCUAUGUACUACUAUUUGCUCGCAUAUUUGGAGAUUCUGAUUUUUUUGUUAGUCUUAAUUUCCUGGCUGAGAGGGCGCACGAUUUGGUUCAUCGUGCUCCGGAGGAUGAGCGGAUAGCACUUGCUGAGAAGGUUCUUUUCAACGAGGAUCAAUGGAGGACUAGUUUGAGCCCAUUCUUGAGGAGGGCUCCAAAGCUAUCACUGGCUGUCUCCAAUCCUAUUGGUGGUGCCGUCUUUCUGGUUAAGGAUCUCCAAAAUGACGUUAGUUCGGGGGAGAUAGUUCGUGAUCUGGACGGCCUAUCUAGAGUUCUGCGGAUGGCGGUAUUUAUCGUCGAGUUUCUCAAAACUAUGGGCAUCCCCGAGAGGAAGGACGGAAAGACUACAGAUAUCUUGAAAGGUAUCCCCGAUGGUUCGAGAGCAACCCUCCUUAGGUAUCUCAUGUUGGUUUCGGUACUAGCGAAUGACAACAUUACUAUCAGAGAAUCAAAUGAUCUGUGGAAUCAAUAUUCUUCGGGAAUGGAAACCGAGAUGCUAGAGUUCGUUUUUGAGUCUCAGCGCCUUUUCAUUGAAUCUUUGAAGGACGAGCCGGAACCUGUGGCUGGAGGCGUAGAUAGCCUUCCUGGAUAUAUCUCUAGGUUAUUGGAUUACCUAAUGGACAUGUCAAAGCAGGAGACUCCAGAGGGAUUUUAUUCCGCCAGGAUACUGGAAACAGUGAUUUCCACCCUCUCUGAAGAUCGCAAGUUUUCCUCUGAGCAAUCUCAGAGCUGGCUGAAGUCAAUUGAUAUUAGAAAAGGCCAGGAGAUUCACCGCAGCGCAGCACUACUAACGGGACUUGGCGAGUCAUUAGAACAUACCAAGGAGGCCGAGAGGCUAAGGAACGGGCUAGCAAGUGAUAUUACAGGCAUAGUGGCUUCCAGGGCUGGGGAAGUGGGCCUACGAAAAAUCGUCUUGCUAAAUGCAGCGUUGCCUAAACCCGGGCAGGACAUAUUACCAUUACCGCAACAACGGGCUAUAUUCCUUAUAAAGCAUCUUCUUAGCUGGUUUGAGGAUGAAGCAUUUGCGGUGAAUCCUAGCUAUUCGGUGAUUGCGGAGGCUUCGAAGGCUAUUACAACAGUCUUGCCGGUUGUCAAAGAGCUUUAUGGAGAGCAUUGGGAACUGCUUUGCGAGUUCGUGGCUAAUUGUUGGGAGGUAUGUUGAUCCGGUCGUAUCCCCCCCCCCCUUUUUUUUUGCCAAGUGUUAAUUCGAGGAAUAGAUGUGUACCACUGUCGAAGAAGUAGAUCUGCCAGUUAUUUUUGCAUCUCUGAAGCUGUUCCAAGCGUUAAAGUCACUGCAUAAGGUGAACGAUGACUUCGAGGACGCGUGGAAUGGGCAAGCCGAUGCGAUGCAAACCUCUUUGAUGAGACUGCUUCGUUGUUCUAGAGGUUUGAAUUCGGUUCUCACUCGGGAAUAUAUAAAUGGCUGACCGGAGUAGUUGGUGACGAACACGACCAACCUCGGAGCCUCUGUAAUUCCCUCUUGGCUCGCCUUACGAAGGGGAUAAAUUUGAAAUAUAUCGGUAGCCCAGAGGAGACUUAUUCACUUUUAAAUGUCCCCUCGCGCUCGAUACAAGAAGCGGCGUUCGAGGUUCUCCAUAGGCACAUCCCUUCAGUCCAAGAAGAGGUGUCAGUAGAGGCAGCCUUGUCACGAGAAGAGAACUUUGAACUCUCACUUCCUCAGGAAUUACUCUCGCUCGUUAUGGAGCCCCCAGCAUGUGAUGAAGCACUGGAACUAGAUAGCGAGCGCGGCAUGUCUUGGAGUCUCCGUGGCUACCUCCUAGCUUGGAUCCUGAUAUUCGAUCAUUUUGAAAACUCGGUACCUGUCCCCUUCCCAUAUUGUACCACUUCCCACUCCCCCAGGAACUAAUAUGGCCCAACAGUCCUUCAGAGUCCGAACCGCCUAUGUCGAAGCCUUAAGAGACGCUGAUUUCCUGGCUCCCCUCUUUAAUUACACCUUCGACAUCCUCGGGCACUCCCGUGGCAAGCCGAUCGAUGCUUCCAAGCUCCCAUUCGAAACGUACACCCUCGACUCUUCGCUAGAAGACAGCACAGACUCCGCUCGGGAAGUCCACUGGCUACUGACGCACAUCUACUACCUAGCCCUCCGCCACACCCCAUCACUCGUCAAGCGUUGGUGGACGGAAUGCAAAUCCCGCCAAAGGGUGCUCGCGGUGGAGGAAUUUACGGAGAGGUACAUGUCACCGCUGCUAAUCGAGCGGGAGCUCUCCUCCGUUCAAGCUUGGAUCCAGUCCCACUCUGGAGGGGGCGAAGACGAAGAAAUGGCCGUCAAGAUCCUCAAGGCCCUAACAAUCGAGGUGACAGCAACAUACCCCAUCGACGACCAGCACAUGGAGAUUCGCGUGCGCAUCCCACCAACCUUCCCGCUACGCCAGGUGGAGGUAGAAGGCGUUCGGCGUGUCGGCCUGACGGAGAAGGACUUCCGCAAGAUGCAACUGGCCUCGCAGACCGUCAUAAACUUCCAGUCCGCCUCCAUCAUCGAUGGCCUCACCCUCUUCCGCAAGAACAUGGCCCUGCACUUCGAGGGCGUGGCCGAGUGCGCCAUCUGCUACUCCAUCGUGGCCGUCACACCGGAUCGCAGGCUCCCUAGCAAGGCGUGCUCCACGUGCCGGAAUAAGUUCCAUGGGACGUGCUUGUUCAAGUGGUUCAAGAGCAGUAAUUCUGCGUCUUGUCCUUUGUGUGAGUUUUUUCUUUCUUUUUCCUUCUCCCUUGUUUUUGCGCUCUCUCUCUCUCGGGAAUGCUAAUGUGUGGGUGGGACGGGAUACACAGGUCGGACGGCAUUCUCCCUGUAUUCCUGAAGGGAUCGAUUGAUACAUUUUCUUACUUUGUCACAUUUUCGUUUUGCGGUGGGAUGUCGGACUCUUAUUCCUUGUUGCGCUGCACCCUCAUCGUGCGGCUAAAAAAAAGUUUUAUCCUUUGUAUUUCUCGCGUUGCUUUCUUUUUUCUUGUGACCUUUCGGGAAUUCACGUUAUGACAAGG